AUGAAUGACGAACUCGACGUCGUGGCGGAGAGAAAAACGAAUGAAGGAAGCGCAUCUGCUCAACUGGACGCAUGGUACCGGGAUAUUCCGGCAGGCUACACGCAGCACCUGGACAUUGUAAUUGGAAAACUCGUAGAGCACUGCAUCUCAACAGUUCCCAUUGUUGUUGAAUAUGCGCAUGCGUUGGCCAUGACAAUGUCUGGGAAAGCAGAACUGACCAUAAAAUUUCUCAUCGUUGGUGGCGGAAUUGCAGGCCUGGCGUGCGCGAUAGCACUUAGGCGAGUCGGCCAUCAUGUAGUUGUUCUCGAACAAUACUCUGAUAUAGACAUUUUGGAGAUGUUGCACGGGGGCAUUCGAUUGCCUCCAAAUGCCUCGAAAGUUCUCUUUCAUUGGGGCCUUGAGCGUGCUCUUCGGCAGGUAUCCAUGACGUCUAGCGCUAUAGAGGUUGAGAUUUACGAAACCGGCGGGUUUAUUGGUAUGCAUCUUUGGGAAGAAGAGGUUCUGCGAGAGACUAGAGGAGACUUCCUCUUCCUACAUCGCGCCAGUCUCCGGAAAGUUUUGUACGAUACGGCGAUAGCAGCAGGCGCUGAAGUGCGAGCAGGCACAACCGUUGUCUCUUUGACCACGGGGGAAACGCUGCUGGCCGAUGUGAUUGUUGGUGCCGAUGGCCAUUCGAGUGUGGUGCAACAAGCAAUUGUCGGUAAGGAUGUUCUUGACGCAGCGCCAUAUCAAUCAUUAUUCUACGAUAUGACUCGUUGCCUAACUGCCUUAGUACUACUAUCCCGAGCACUUAUGAGAGCCGAUCCUCAAUUGGAACCCUUCUUUAAACAACCCGUUGGCGCUAAGGAUGAGUUUGCGCUACACAUACUCUUAAAGACCAAAUUGGCGGCCACACCUGCCUGCGUACAGGUCAAGAUGGUUCCACCAAUAGAGGAUUGGGUUGAUGACCAUGGUCGUAUGGCAGGAUCCUUGCAGGGCGGCGCAAUGGCUGUAGAAGACGCCGCUGUGCUUGCAAAGCUUUUCUCCCAUCUGCGAAAUCAGGACCAAAUAUUGACAUUUUUACAUGCUUUUCAAGAUCUUCGGGAAGAUCGCUGCGCCAGCGUCAUGCAUACUGAACAAUGCAAUCUCUAUUUCCAAAUGAUGCCGGCUGGUCCUCAGCAGGAGCAAUACAAUCAGGAGAUGCGCGCCAGGACUGCUCAAGGGGAAAGCGUUUUUGGCAUCAGCGAAGCUUCUGAACAAUGGGAGCAGCUCAAAGAACUUUGGGAAUAUGCUGAGGAUGAAGCCGACGACUGGUGGGUCAAGUGGGGCCUUCUCCGUGAGCGAGCGAAGCAGCGAUUGUUAGACAUGGAAGCAGAAAUAAACACCGCGCGGCUGCGUAGUCUCCGUAUGCGAGCAUGA